AUGGCUGAUUUGAAAGAACAAGUUGCAUCCAACCUAGAAUUUGGAUUGGAUUUGUAUCAGCAGCUCUCCAAUGCAAGCAAAGAAAAUUUUUUUUUCUCCCCAACGAGCAUAUCUUAUGCACUCGCAGUGACAAUGCUUGGAGCCGACGGCCGCACCAAAAACCAGAUGAAAUCAGUUUUAAAGUUCAAGGACAUCUCAGAUGACAAAAUUCAUUCACCACUGGCCGAGCUGAACGUCCAACUUCUUGAUACAAAAAGAAAAUAUGAAUUAUACAUUGCAAACAAACUGUAUGGAGAAGUUUCAUACAAAUUUAAAGAUGAUUUUUUACAAAACUGCAAAAAAUUUUAUGGAGCUAAUGUGGAAUCUCUUGAUUUCAAGAACCAACCGAGUGAAUGUGAAUCAAUAAUCAACAGCUGGGUAGAGGAGCACACAAACAAAAAAAUUAAAAAUCUUUUAUCAGGCGUUUUAAAUGAACUUACUCGUCUUGUUUUGGUGAAUGCUGUUUACUUCAAAGGAGAUUGGAACAAAAAAUUUAACAAAAAUGAAACAAGUGAGCAACAUUUCCAUGUCUCUGAAGACACCAAAAUGAAAGUUCCCAUGAUGUAUUUCAUGGAAAUAAAGCUGAAGUAUUGUUAUGAUGAAGAUCUGAAAUGUCAAAUAAUUGAUCUGCCUUAUGUAGAUGGUGCAAUGAGUUUCAUUGUCAUUCUACCUGAUUUGAAUGCAACUUGUUUAGCAUCAGUUGAAAAGAAACUGACUGUGCCCAUUUUGAAUAAUCUUCCCCAGAAGUUACACAAUUACAAAACUCUUGAACUUUGGUUGCCUAAAUUCAAACUUGAGUCUAGUUUUGAACUAGGUGACGUUUUGAAGAAACUUGGGCUUGUUGAUUUGUUUGAGCAUGGUCGAGCAGACCUGUCAAAAAUGGAUGGAACCAGGGAGUUGUAUGUGUCUAAGGUUGUGCACAAAGCAUUUGUAGAUGUGAAUGAAGAGGGCUCAGAGGCAGCAGCUGCAACUGCUGUUGUAUGUGUUGAGUAUUGCGCCAUGAUAAUGUCAGAUCCGAUCAUUUUCAGAGCUGAUCACCCAUUUAUUUUUAUGAUAAGAGAUAACAAGACAGGGGAACAUGUUUUUAUGGGUAGAUUGGUGAAACCGUAA